GCCAUGGAAACACUGGCUCACAAACUUUGUUUUAAUGACUGUACCGAAACAUGACAGCAGACAGUGACUACAGUAAGUAUGGUUUGGCGUAUUUACGGGCGGAGCUAGAGCAAGAAAGGGAGAUAAGGUAUGUUUAUUUAAAGUCAAUUCAUUAUAAGGUUUUUAAAGAGUGAAAAGUUGUGAUGCGCUGCAGCAACGUCCUGGUCUAUUUAGGGAGAUGCUGGAGGAGUCCGUGUCUGAUUUACGGAUCACAAUGUGUGAACUGCAAGAAAGACUACACAGUGUUGACGGGGAAGGUACGUGCUGUUGUUGUUUUUUAACUUAAGGAAUUGGUUAUCUACGUAUGUAGCCUGCUGUAGGGGGAGACUAGGGUAAGUUGAGUCACCCCCUGUUUUUAGGAAAUGGCAAAAGAAAUUGAAAAUGUGACCAAAUAUUUAGGAGAUGGGCAUCAAUUCAUGGAGUCUGUGAAGGUUAGAAGCGCAUGGGUGAAGGGGUUAGACAUUAAUUUCCAAAAAAACAUUUUUCACUCUUGAAAGUAAAUUUAGUCUGUCAUAAGUUUUAUUAGAAUUGUGUUCAGACCAAAAAAGAUCAUUUUAAAUUAGUUUUAGACAUAAAUUGUGGUAUCUAUGAGCUACAACAUGAGGUCAAAAACCUAGUAUAAAAGUCCACCAUUUUAGAUUAGAGGACUAAUAAAGUCAUAAUAGUAGUUCUGGGGUUAGUAAAGCCAGUGACCCAACUGUGAAAGUAAAGGAGUCUAAUGAGAGGAUCAGAGUUUCAGUUCAGAUUGUUGAAAUGUGUUACUUUUUCUUUUCAAAAAUACAGCUGUGAAUGUUCUGAAUCACUUAAAGACAUUCUCAUGCUAAAAUGACUUUUUACAAAACAGCUUUUUAGCAGUUAUAUGCAAUAAUAAAAAAUGUUAUUGUACCAGUUGAAUAGUGUAUAACAUAAAAAUAAAGUGACUGUUAUGGGGGGGUAGUAGUAGGGAUACGGCUCAACUAUGAUUGCCUUGAUGUAGUGAUCCGAAAUAUGAAUAAUGGCUCAUCUUACCCCAGUCUCCCCUACUGUACCAGGGAAGUUUAUGGAAAUGAUGUUCUGAUCCAGAACUAUCAAAUGUAGACUUUAAGGAGCUGGCUAAAUUAUUCAAAGGAGGUUGAAAACCUCACAAGGUAUUGUAAUUUUGGAUCAGGAUCUUGUUUCCAUAACCUCCCCCUGACAGCUGAUUCUGAAACUGCAAACAAGCAGUCUCACCUCAGCCUCAUCAAAAGAGCAUAAAGCUCAAACUGGCUGUUGUGACUUAUCUUACAUUCAGCUUCUUCACUUCUCCGCCUCUGUUGUUUGUCGAAAAGCCUACUCCUCAUGUUUAGAGUUUCUUUUAUUUUUGCAAAUGAACUAGAAAAUGAGUGGAAGACCAGGUAUGAGACACAGACAGAGCUGAAUGGAAAGCUGAAGAGGCAGAUGUCAAUCAUACAUGAGAGACUGGAGGACCUACGAGGAAACCCCAUAGGUAAAUUCUCAGUUUUUAGAGCCCAUUAAAUAUAAACAAACUUCACGUUCUACAUACCAAGAUCUUAUGAAUGUACACUAAAGACUCUAAAAGGCUAUUUCUUCUUUCAUCUGAUACAACGAGACAAAAUCUAUACUAUUUUAAACUCCCUUUCCUCAUCUCAAAAAAUUAUUUUCAUACAUAUCACAAAAUCUCUUCUUUUCAACAGAUCGACUGGCCUCCAUUCGACUAUAUGACGACAUGCCGAUAGUGAGUACGAACAUUUAGAUUUUUAUGUUUUGUUUUGUUUUGUUUUUUAUCACCUGCUUUGUUCAGUUUAUGCCACUUGACAAGUUUUCAAGCAACAGUCUACAAAUCUAUGUUCCGUCGAGAGCAGAAGUAUGAAAAGGCACACAUCAGCAAAGAGAACCUGAGAGACAGUCUGUGGGAAGAAGGCAGGCAAGACAGAGGGGACUGUAAUGCCAGCUGCCCUCUGUCUUCCAGUUGAUGCAGGCUGAGCAAACCAGAGUUUAAUCAGAGCGCUGUAAUCACGGGAUUACAAACCAUGGGAAAGUAAUGCACACUAAUUACAAUGCUUUAGCACAAACACGCACACACAUGAAUGCGCUCCACACACUGAUUGUCACACCACACAGUCAGAAUUUAAGUGUGUCUGUGUGCCUUAAGGCGGAACCAACAGAUGCUCAUUAGUGUAUCUGCAAGAUCGGGGACUGUAGAUAUGCGACAAAAUUGUAAGCAUGACUGCAGGACAGAACUGCAGAAGAACACCCAUGAUUUCAGAUGAUCGCAAAGAAACAAAUGAUCUCUGAUAGUAUUGGUGCUGGUUAAGGUAUAGUCCACCUGAACCAUCUCACUAAAUAACUGAUACUUUAAACUUUCUGACAUAAUUUUGAGUCUCAAAAAAUAAACUGUGAUUAAUUAAUCAACAAAUUUAUUAAGGUUUUGAGCCACAGUCAAAUUUAGUAAAAGAUUCGUUUCAUAUUUAACUUUUGGCAUCAGAUUGAUUUUUAAUUUUUAACUCAUGUGACGCAUGUAUAAUGCUGCGUCUUUAAACAUAUCAUUUAUUAAUCUGUGGUUGCGUCUCUUGGCCACAUAAAGAAGAAGAGAAUUUGUUCUUAGCCGUCGUCAUAAAGGUCUCAUUGCCCUGCACUGAGCCAAAAAUCUCAUAGGGCUUCCCACGGCUCGGCUCUAAUGUGCAUAUUCAGUUAUUGAAUUAUGUAUGAGCCUAAUCCAUUUUAGUGCUCAUGUUUUCUGCAUUAACCACUAUGUUAUUGUUUGAUCCCUGUAGAUAGAGCGGUGUAAUUGCAAUACAAAUUGAUUUGUAAUUAGAGGAUGGCAGUAGGACACCUUCAUGCCCAGUGGCCUCUUUGUUAUAAAUGUUUCUAAUUAAUUGAAACACAUUUUUUUUGGCAGGAGACACUGAGACAACAUCUGAAAAUCCUGACGGGAGAGAAAUCUGAUCUUCAGAGUCAGCUGAGGGACUGUCAUCUCCAAAUUGAACAGGAGGGAAAGGUGAUGAUCAAAAAUGUUACAGUUCAGAGUCUAAAUACAAGGAUUUUGAGCUCAGUGUUGUUGACAGACACGGGUCCAAGAUAAGUGAUUUUAACUUUUCCCUGCUGAUAACAUUUUAAAAAACAAAUUUCAAUUGGCUGUAAUGGAUUUAAAAGGAUUUGUCUGUUUAUUUCGAGCAACCUUUGAUGCAGAAAUAAACUUUAAAUAGGCCAAUGUGCUCUUAGUUUAUCCACAUGAUUCUUUGUUUAUUGUUCGCCUCAACAAACAGCCAGAUAUUUGCUAAAAAAAGGUCUUAGCGCGCAGAAUGUGGAGCCAGUAAUCCUCGGUUUAAUCUGUGGCUCAUUAACACUGAAGACCUCCUGAAAUAUGCUCAGGCAGCAAACACAUAACAAGCACUGCAACUGACACUUCUAACAGAUCAAGUGUGGUCCAUGAACGGAAAAAUGUGACUAUCUAGUCAUCUUGCUCACAUUUCCUUGCAGGCAUUUCAUAAAACCAAUGAUGAGAGGCGGGCAUACCUUUCAGAAAUUGCCAAGGUAAGCACACCCUUUCAUCCAAGUCAACAUAAGUGCUACUGUCAGGGCAGACAAUCAGCUCAAACACCAAACCUUGCACAGUGUACAGCUCACUGAAUAUUAAGUAUAAGCCACACUGAGGAGUAGCUGUCAUGUUUAAGUGCAACAAAAUCACGUUACAGUGAGGAGAGCAGACUCGUGUAGCUCCUCUCUUUCAGGCCUCGUUACAAAUUCUCAUUCAUCCUCUAAUACCGCUCUCUCUUAUAUAAUAGCUGAGUCAAGGACAUUCUGCUUUUUGCUGCAGCCAAACUGGAUCCCGCUGGACUGAUGGAAAUGUAUUUGGCAGCAAAUUCAGCUUAGAUUUGCCUUUUAGCAUUAAAAAAGUUUGAGAGUCACGGGCCUGCUGUGUGCACAAAAGCAUUUUCACAUAUUCAUGCAUACCACCAAACAUAAUGUCACGUUUUUUUUUUCCAAUUGCUUAUGAAUUGCUCACUUCCUCAGCUGUCCUCCACACUUGAUGGCCAGAGAAGACAGUACUCCAACCUGCCACAGAGGGCGACAGAGAGCAAACAGAAGCGGUGAGGGAGUCUUUUAGGUGAUGUGAUGAGCAAUGAGCUGUACACGUGUCCUCGAAAAUGACUAACAAGUUGGAAAUGAAACAGAAAAUCAAAAGAUUCUCAAAACUUCAACACCUUUUUUACACCAGCAUCUUUUUUCUUAUUUCCACUCUUGGAUUUAUGAGUACAAUACUAAAGUUGCACAGUAGUGGGUAAACAAAAGGUAUUUUAGUUUAUGGGCUUCCUCUACUUUUAAAUUACAUUCACCAGGAGACAAACUUUAAGUCAAAUCUUGAAAUUUCACUGCAAAUCUGUUUGUUUUGGGGAUUAGACUUCUGCGCUGAUUUGUAUCCAAUAAAAUAAAUGUGCUGGACAGAUUAACUCAGAUUUAUGAUUUAGUAAAUUGUCUGGUUGAUCCUCUUAUACAUUCAACUGUGUUGUUUCAGCUCUUUGUGACUCCAAAAUUGAAAACAAUUGACAUCCAGAGCUUUGGUCUACUUUACCAACUAUAUUUUAUCAUUGCACAGAGAGAAGCAGGCCAGCAGGAAGGCGGAGGUUGAUUCUAAGAAAGGAAAAGAGAGAGAAGAAGAUGGAGGAGGCGUGCGUGUGAAAGGAGGUGUUGUUAGUGGAGCAACAAUGGUGAGGAGAGAGGAGAAGAAAUCCCAAAAAGGAAGCAGGUUGCCGACAGUAAAGCGCUACCUGAAAUACAACACUUAGCUAAAAUCUGACAUUAUAGUAUAAAAAUAAAGUCUUAAAAUAACUGAAUUUUCUGUCCACUUGAUGUAAAAAUGUUUAAAAAAUUGCCGUACUGUGAUUUUUUAAAGGUUUUCGCAAAAAUAGUGGGCAAUCUAUCCAACUGGCAUGGUUGUAAGUCAGUGUUUAUUUGCCAAACGCAACCACACAUGGUGUCACACUGUCUUUUUACCAUCUUAAAAGUACUAUAUUUAUAAUAAUACCUGGCAUUUUUCAUUGUUGGAAGAGAUUGACUGGCUACAAGAGGAAUAUUACAGGCUUUGAGUGAGCUAGGUCACCUUGUAACACACCAGAACCCAGCUGAGUUUGACAUUUCAAGUGUCACUGCAAUUUUCUUUUUCCAAAGCACCUCCUACGGCUUGUUUGACGCAAGCAGCGCUACAUCCACCACUCUCUCCGUAUGAGAUUCACCUACGCAGCAACCAGUCACCCCACCAUCCCACCCACUGACCGCCUUUACAAAUGUAGGUGUGCGAAAAAGUGAAGCCGUAGGAGAUGAAGUAGUAAAUAGGAAAGUUGCCAGGAGCUAUUGUGUUUGUGCAGGAGUGUGGAGGAUGGGCGCUGUUCUUGCCAGGCAUAAAACAGUGAAUUGGAGCAAUUUCUCAGCACUGGAAUAGUGAUGCAGGCAAAUCCAGCAGGCCCUCUAAGUUCUUUCUUUUCCCCUAAGCUUUAUCUUCCUAUUUCACUGACUGGUCUGCAAGGAGAGAGUGAUGUCAUAUUAAUGAGCUCAGGGAGUGUGACCUAAAAUUGGGUUUUGAGACAAAGAGGUCACAGGCAAAGAAUUACAAAUGGAUCACGAGUAUGCAUUACCUACUCUACAACUCUGUGUCCGUGACUAUAAGGGCAGUGUGUUGUACUGACCGGGGAACUGGCCUUUAACAGUAAGGGCAAAGAUCAGGCCCUGGAGUCAGGGAACCUCAAAUCAACUGAACUGUCUCUAAGCAUGACACUGACGGUUCAACCUCUUACACUUACUGCAGCUGUACAGACUGUACAGCUCAAAUCAUGCAUGAUUGAUAUACAUUUUAGCGGCAUCCGGGGUCAGAAUGUGUGCUAAUAUCCCACCCUAAUCUCAGAACUUUCCUAGAAAAGUGGCUUAACCUUCCUCCUGUGUUAGCUUUUACUACGCACCCACCAUGUUAAGGGUCUUAAAUCAGCUGCGAAUUACAGCAAAAACAUUUCUCUAUCAUCAAGUUUGGUUCUCAUCUCUAGCUUACCUAAUUAGGCUUCAUUAUCCAUGAAAUGAUAUUUAUAAUAGUUUUUGUCGUGGUCCUCUGGGCCUUUCUUUGUCAGUAUACCCCUCAUACAGACAUCUAUACUGGACUUAUCUCACAUGUCUGGACAUGCCUGACGUUGUUUUUGUGCAGGGAAAAACAGGCAAAGUAAGAAUUUUUUAAAUCUCACAUAAUUGGAAGAGGAUCUAAUUGUCAGUGUGGUGCCUGAGAGUGCACUUAUGAUUUUAGUUUUUGCUCUGAUUAUUAGGUAUUGAUCGAACCGGGUUAACAGCGACCCUUAAACUACAAGUGCCAUAAUUUUAAGAGGAGCAUUUUAUGAUUUUGUCAUUUUUUAAAUUUUUAUUUUGUUGAAAUAUUUUGUUGUUGUUCCUCACAAAGUCAAAAAACUCGAUGCAAAAAAAAACUAAUUUAAGUGGUUCUUUUACAAAUUUAAAAUCAAAAUCACAGGAGGAAGGUUAAAGAGACAUUUAUUGCCGUUCUCCACCAUUGACUCAACCAUCUAGAGCUACUGGCAUAGCACUGUAUGAAUUCUGUUUUAGAGUGUACUCUCCCUUUACAGCUGCACUCAUAUAUCCACCGUGCUUUCCUGACAGUGUACACCCCUAACUGUUCUGCAGCGACAGGUUAUUCGUUUAAGAUUAAUGACUUAAUUCAAAGCGAGCCAGUCCAUGUUGCCUUUCGAAAGAGCGAGCACAUUUGCAGCGUACCAUACUUCGCCACGUUUUCAUACUUUUUUUUCCCUUUCGUUACUCUCUUUCUCACUCUGUUUCUCAUAAGCUCAAUUUAGUCCAACUCACAGCAUCCUGCCCACACAGCCGCAGAGCAACCAACCAGAUGUUUUGUGCUGACAGGUGCAACACGGUGACAAAUCACUACAGCAGCUGUCAAAACACCAUGAAUCACACCGCUGCUGCCUGCCCGUGCUAACUCAGGUAGCUGUUUUAUGUGUACUAGAGAUGAAUAUGGUUCAGCCAGCCAACCAACCAACUGUAGAUCCAUGUGCUCUUCUGUAUUUAACAGACUGUGUUUGUUAUUGCUUCAGACUUGGCCUAAAAAAACAGUAGGAUGUGUCUCAGUUACAGACUAGCAUAGUGAUCCCUGGUCUGGUAACAAACUGUAUUUUGUUCUGUAAUAGUAUCCUAAUGAAAAGACAAUAUUUUUGUUUGUUUCUUCAAUAAGUUUGGUCUUAAAAAUUAUUUUCUGGGCAGUGAAAUAAAGAGGCGUGUAAUUUUAGAAUAUUGCACACGUAUGAAGUGUACUUUUAUUGAACAUCUAUUUUUCUCCUGAAUUGUUAGAGCCCUAGAGCUGAUAUAUUGCCCAUAGAUGAAGAAGUCUAGGCAUAAAAACAUUGAAGUGUCUCCUUGUUUAUGGGCAAAUAAUAAAACUGUCAGUACUGCAAA